CGUGUUUAUCUGCCCGUGCCUUUAUCGCGCCGGGGAGCCGCCGUGCGGGUUCCCAAUUAAUGGUUACAGUUAUUAGCGCGCCCGGGCCGCCUGCUCGGCUGCGCUCUUGUUUUGUGUUUGCUCCCUCCUCCCCUCCCCGUUUCUGCGGCGUUUGCCAGCGCGGGAGGAGGGAAAUGCAGCUGGAGGGGUUGGAGAGAAGCGAUCCCGAGUUUAGCAAGCCAGCACUUGGUGGAAGGGUUGAAGGGUUGCACAAACACUGCCUGGCUCGGCUGCCGGCCCUGGACAGCAUCCAGGCUCCCUCCGAACCCUCCAGAUAAAUACAUUUACUCUUUUUUUUUUUCAAGAUACAGUUUGGAAGAGCAAACUGUUGUGUAAUUUCUUCUGGGGGGAAAGGCUUUCCCACUUCUUCCUGCCCUUGACCCAGAAAGUUUUGCAGCCCCUUUGCCGUGCUUUGCCAGGACCCCCCAGCUGGCAUGGCUUCCCCGAGCUCCUCAGGAAUCCUCCCUCAUUGAUUUUCCUGCCUCUGCCAUUCCCAUUUGUUUCUUUUUCAAUUCUGUGGCUGAGUGUGGCCCCCUUGGCGAUGCCCACUCAUUCCAGGGGCGCUCCAGGAGCUCCCAGGGAGGCCAAAAUCAGCCCCCAGAGCGGGGCAGAGUCCCUCUCCUCCGAUGAAAAAGAGGUGACACCCAACGGCAUGGAGGGAUCGGGAUCGGGAUCGGGAUCAGCUGAGGAGCACCCGGAGGGAGAAGCCAGUUCUGAGGACAGCUCCAGCAGCAGCUCAGAAGAGGAGUCAGAUGAAGAACACGAGGAGAAGGAAUCCCCACCUUACUGCAAUGAGUCAGGAGAGAGCUGCUUGCCGCCCUGUGAGCACUGCAGGAAUGAGAAUGACCAGAAGGAGCAAGUGACCCCCAGGAGACAUGCUGGAGGACAAUUCAUGGUGCAGCUGGACGCGGAGGGCUCCUACCAGUGCAGCAGCACGGGGCUGAUCUUCGAGGUGACGGGCAGGGCCAGGGUCACCUACUCGCUGCUGUCCUGGAGCAAGUACGCCCCGCUGGUGGAGAAGCCGUGGAUCGUGGGCGGGCCGCUGUUCGACGUGCGCUGCUCGGCGCCCGGCGCGCUGCGCUCCAUCCAGUUCCCGCACUGCCUCUGCCUCGGCGGUCACAGGGCUGGCGUGGCUUUCAAGGUGCUGCACAUCAAGGGCGGUGGCGCGGCCAUCGAGCCCUCGGCCGAGUUCUCGGCGUCGCACGUCAAGUGGGUGGUGAGCUCCCUGUCCCCCGUGGGACCCCUGAUCCACAGCCAGGAGCCCCUGCAGUACCACGGGGCUGUCAUCCUCUACAAGGCCAUCGACGAGCACCCCUCCCUGUCCUUCUGGGUCUACCUGGCCACCAACAACGACUCCUUCAUCAAGGAUAUCUCAAAGGCUGUAAAACACUCGAAAAGGAAAUUUGUUCAAAUUGAAAAGCCCCCUGUAUGCCAAAAAUUGCUGCAGGAAGGAAAGAAGUACAGACUGAUCUGUGAGCCAGAGGCUGAAAUAACUCCUGAGGAGAUUGAGUUUGUUGAUGGCUCACUGCUGAAGCUGAAGAGUUACUUUGAGGUGUAUUUGGAGAAGCCUGAUGACUUCACCCUGUCCCUGGUGGAGCAGGACUCGGAUGAGACUGUCUGGAAAGCCAAGCUGAGGGAGAGGGACUGGAUCCACUACGACCAGAACAGGAACGAGCAGAAGAGGAGCACAGGCAGUGUGAAGAGGAGGAAGCCAGCCCUCAGCAUCCUGGAGGAAGAGGGGCUCCACAGCAAAAAGCAAAAAACUGGUGGCACUGCAGAUGGAGUGGGAGCAAAAAGCUUGACAGACCAACAGCUGCUGGUGAUUGCCAAGCUGCUGGACCGGCACUGGAGGGAGAUGGCCAUCGAGUGUCUCCAGAUGGAGAUGAAGGACAUCGAUGACAUCCGGGCCAUGGAGGACGACGUGACCAUGCAGAAACUGCUGGUGCUGAGGAAGUGGAGAGAGAGGGAGCAGGGCCAGGGCACUGCAGAGGCUCUGCAGAGGAGCCUGGGGGAAAAGGCCACCUACGAGAUCCUGCAGGCACUGCAAGGUUUCCUGGCUCAGAGCUGAGCCAGCUGGAAGGAGGACGAGGAGGAGGAGGAGGAGGAGGUGGGAGCUUCCCCAUCCAACCAUUCUGCUCCCCUGGGAUCCUGCUGGGGCUCAGGAAUGUUCCUGGUGGGAAGUUCAGGCAGGAUCCUCCAGAGAAACGUGAAUGGAGUUUGGUGUGGGAAGGAGCCACUUCCAAGGCUUUCAGGAGAGGUGGAUCCCAGAAUUCUGGGCUUCACCCCCAGGGAAAGCCCCUCCAGGAGGGCACAAACACUGGAAGAAGCCACUUGAUCUUUUUCAUCACCUGGAAAAGAUUUUUUAUUUCCGUCAGGGAAAAACAGGGAGAAGAAUUCCCCUGGAACCUUUCAUCCCCUCCCAAACCCACUGAACUGCCAGAAUCGUGAGGUGCAUUGGAUUUCUCAUGGAUCAGGGAAGAAGAGUCCAAAACUUGUACCAAAUUCCUUGGCCUAAUCACUGUAUCUAUGGAAUUACUGUUCAGAUCCUGUGCAUCCAGUCCUCGUUAAGCUGUGGUUCUGCUUCCUGAGAUUCCCAAGGAUGGGAACACCACUGUGAACUCCAGGCAGCUCGGAAUUUCCCCAUGGAAUUUCUUCUCCCCUCUUUUCUGUAUAGCUUGUCUCUGUUUUUUACGUUGUAUAAUUCUUUUUUUUUUUUUUUUGUAUGAGAAACUUUUUAUACUUCUUUUUUAGUUUUUUUUUAGACUUGAUUUAUUCGAACUUGGAUAGAAUUUAGGUGCUUAAAAUGUGAGGAGCUGAAAUCCCUGUGCUGCAGGAUUGGAAAAAAAUGUGGGAAAAAUGGAAUUUGCAGAAGAGAGGAGUGACCAGAUCCAGGAUUGUCUUGUUUUUAAGGCUGUGGGAUGCUUGGGAUCAUCUUCCUCUGUGUAUGUUUGGGAAAGGAAAACAUACUUUUGAAAAACAAGGAUUAAACAGGAAAAAUUUCCUUUA